AUGGCAGCGGAACUUGCGCCGAUAAAGCUCAAUCCGGAGAGCCACCUGAUUCUAGAUCAACCUCUCCUACGGCUUCCACAUGAGCUCGCUCGCCGCAACUUCAAGACUGUACAGCGCAUCGUGGAGAGAGAGAAGGAAUAUGUCAUUCCCGCACUGAAAGAAUCUGCAAAUGCCUCGCUCUCUGGGAACCAAGAUCCUACCCAAGCACUCGCCUCCUUGGAUACGAUGAUAACGCGGAUGCAAGGGCUAAAGCGGAAAAUGGAGACACUUCAAGAAGAAGAGAAAAGCAUACUCUCCCAGUCUAGGAAAAGGAUUGAACAUCUCGAAGACCUGUUCGGCAUUCAGAGCUUGGUGGAUGUCAAGUAUGACAGAUGGUCAAAGAUAAGGCUGAACAGGUUACUGGUAGACCAUAUGCUACGAUCAGGUUAUCUUGAAAGUGCAAAACAGCUUGCGCAUGAGGAAGGCCUUGAAGACUUGGUGGAUGUGCAUGUUUUUGCGCAGUGCCAGCGGAUAGCGGAGAGCCUCCGAAGAGGAGAGACCAAAGAAGCUCUACAAUGGUGCGGAGAGAACAAAGUUGCCUUGAAGAAAUUACAUAAUAAGCUGGAGUUCGAACUACGGAUGCAACAGUAUAUCGAAAUGUUACGGGCUGGUGAGAGGACGGAAGCAAGGCAGCAUGCUAAAAAGUACCUCACGCCGCACAGCGAGACGUACAAAUCAGAUAUACUCCGUGCUGCGGGGUUGAUGGUCUUCCCUCCUGAUACUGAUGCUGAGCCGUACAAGUCAAUUUACUCUUCGGAACGAUGGCAAACGCUAUCCAGCCUCUUCAUCAAAACCCAUCACGAUCUCCUCUCGCUCACAUCACACCCGUUGCUACAGAUUGCCCUCUCUGCAGGUCUUUCGGCUCUAAAGACACCAGCCUGUCAUUCUGAAUAUACAACAUCUGCCUCAAGUGCAACAUAUUCUGCAGGACCCUCGAUAUGUCCCAUAUGCUCUACAGAGCUAAACGAGCUUGCUCGCCCUAUGCCGUAUGCCCAUCAUACUAAGAGCUCUGUGGAGAAUGACCCCGUUGUCCUGCCAAACGGUCGACUAUAUGGCAGAGAGAGUCUGUGUUAUAUGUCGAGCAGAUCAGGUGUUAGUGCCGGCAAAGUCAGAGAUCCCAUUACAUCAGAACUGUUCGAUGUGUCGGAGCUGAAGAAAGUGUUCAUUUCAUAA